AUGUCUGCCGCCCUCAAGAUCAUCAAGCAGGACCCCUCCGAGCUCGAGCUCCAGGUCGCCCAGGCCUUUGUCGACCUCGAGAACUCCUCUCCCGACUUCAAGUCCGAGCUGCGACUUUUCCAGUUCAAGUCUGCCCGAGAGCUUGAGGUUUCUGCCGGCAAGAAGGCCCUCGUUAUCUUUGUGCCUGUCCCCGCCCUCCCCGCUGUCCACAAGAUCCAGCAGCGACUCACCCGAGAGCUCGAGAAGAAGUUCUCCGACCGACACGUUGUCUUCCUUGCUGAGCGACGAAUCCUCCCCAAGGCCGGCCGAAAGGCUCUGCCCUCUCAGCCUCGACCCAUGUCUCGAACCCUGACCAAGGUCCACGAGGCUCUCCUCGAGGAUCUCGUUUUCCCCACCGAGAUCAUUGGCAAGCGAGUCAAGUACCAGGUUGGUGGCACUCGAAUCCAGAAGGUUUUCCUCGACUCCAAGGACUCCACCUUCAUCGACAACAAGCUCGAGUCCUUCCAGUCUGUCUACAACAAGCUCACCGGCAAGAAGGUUGUCUUUGAGAUUCCUGCCAACCAGGGCGAGGUCUACUAA